CAUCGCUCAUCAGCUAAUUUACCGAUAUUUAUAUUUGAAUUUAUUAUUAGAUUCAGAUAUAAACAAACAUUUUUAUUUUCUUAAAUAACGGUUCAACAAGCAUAAAUAUUUAGAAUAAAAAUAUUUUUAAGCAAAGAAUGUUGACUUUUCUUUAAAAGAGAAAGCUAAAUAUUAGGUUGGAUUGGCAUCUUCUGCUUAGAAUUUAUUUCAAGUAUCUUAUAUUAUCGACGUGCUGCAUUAUCGCUGUCGCUUUCUUGUGAUUUGUUGACAUAAAUAAUUAGCGAUCUCUUACUACUUUCUGUGGCUUAUUUGUAAUGUCGCUCUCUAGUAAUGAAAUGGUAGAACUUAUUCUCAUUCAUGGGCAGCUUAACUUAUAGCAAAUAGCUUGGCAAGGAGGUUAAUGCAUUUAGUCGUUAUUUAAAGCCUUCUUCGAAAAGACGUGAGGAGAUACGAGUUCAAUAAAAAUCGGUUAAAGUAAUUAAACAAAUAAUUGACAAAUAACCAUCAAUAGUGCUGUACAAUGGCCGUGCGACGAAAUGCUGACUUUUGUUUGCGGCUUCUAAGCUUGCUUUGGUGUUGUAACCUGUGUUGUGGUGCAGCGUUUUUUCCAACCAAUUCCGCAUAUGGUAUUUUUGCCGCCAUUGCAGUGCCGUUGGAGCUGCCGCAUCGGAAUGUCUUUAUUUCUUACAAUUUUGAAGCGAACUACAACUUGCCGUACACGUGGAAUUUGCCUCCAAUAGCGACGGGUAUCGAAGAUGAGGAUCUCUUGCCUCAAGCUAGGGACUUACGGCAUUUGAAUCAGACAGACGGUUGUAUCAACUGCACGUUCCAAAAUAUUACUACAGAUACAACAACAACAGCGCAUACAGUGAAUACAACAAGUUAUGCUAAAGAAUCCGCAACAAGAACACGGCGACAAACGGAAGGUAUGCCAAAUUCAUUGCUCUCGCGCACUCACUUCUACCACAUACUUAUGGAUAAAUUCAAAAGAAGCGGUUACAAUGCUGAGCACUGCUUGCUGCGUUUGAUUUGCGAAACGAAUUCCUCCGGCCUGGGUGAGGUGAACGGUGUGCUCGGCACAUUAGUUCAUAUAAUGUUUUCUCCUAGCACGUCUGCGCAUGAAAAUCUUCCACUUCCUUACUAUCAAGCCGAACUAGAUGGUUCGUAUGGAUUUUGUGAAGAGUAUGCGGCCGAUUGCCAAGAAAAUCCUUUGGAUUUAAUUUCUGCACCGCUUGGCGACUUUAUCGAUGAUUUAAUAAAUAAUAAAUGAAUGAAAUAAAA